AUGCCGCCACCACAGUUGAGCCUAAAGCAUUUUAUCCUCCAAGCCAGAGCACGUAAUCUAUACAGGCAAGCACUACGCGCAGCACGAAACAUUCCGGACCAAAGCGCAAGAAAGGAGACCAUUGAAUGGAUACGCUCGGACUUUGAUAGGAAUCGCUUUCUUUCAGAUAUUGACAUGAUUGAAGAAAAGCUGGCUGCUGGGCGAAGGGAACUGCGCCAAUACUUUCCGGCUAUGAGAUAA